AUGAAUCCUUUUUACACAGCUUUCUCAGACUCUUUCCUCUCGAUUCCCGACAACAGAUCUCCGGUUUCAGACAGUAGCGAGUGUUCUCCGAAGCUAGCUUCGAGCUGUCCGAAGAAAAGAGCAGGGAGGAAGAAGUUUCGUGAGACACGUCAUCCGAUUUACAGAGGAGUUCGUCAGAGAAACUCAGGGAAAUGGGUUUGUGAAGUGAGAGAGCCGAACAAGAAAUCGAGGAUUUGGCUUGGGACUUUUCCGACCGUAGAAAUGGCCGCUCGGGCUCACGACGUCGCCGCUUUAGCCCUCCGUGGUCGCUCUGCUUGUCUCAAUUUCGCCGAUUCGGCCUGGCGGCUUCGGAUUCCGGAGUCUACUUGUCCUAAAGAAAUCCAGAAAGCUGCGGCUGAAGCUGCAAUGGCGUUUCAGAACGAGACGACUGCGACGAAUGAGAAUGAGAUGACAGCGACGGAGGGAGCGAAAACUACGGAGGCGGAGACGGUGGGAGAGACGGCGGAGCAGAGCAAUGCGUUAUAUAUGGACGAAGAAGAGGUUUUAGGGAUGCCAAGCUUUUUCGAGGAUAUGGCGGAGGGAAUGCUCUUGCCGCCGCCGGAAGUAGGAUGGAAUCAAAACGACUGGGAGGGAGUUGAUGACGUGUCACUUUGGAACUUUUAG